AUGGUGGUGGUGGUGGUGGUGGUGGUGGUGGUGGUGGUGACGACGACCCGCGGCCGCUGCGCGGUUUUAAUGGCGGGCCGGCGUAUUUUACGGCUGCCAUGCGUCAUCGCGAUGGGCUGUCCCCGCCAGCCGCCAGCUGUUCGCCGUCCUCCGCCCAAGGUCCGACGUGACGUGGCGUGGCGCGGCGUCCUGGCUGUGGCGACCUCGGGAUGCCGCGGCCGAACCGCUACGUCUACUCUUCACAGGCGCCCGCCCGCCGUACGCUACCGAUCGACAGUCGGUUUCACUUUGGCUCAGCCGUCGCGCGUCUCAGUGAGCGCGGAGCACACGGAGGAUAACUCGCACUGCCAGUGGCGCAACUGGCUCGUGCCAAAGAAUAUGGCAAGUUUUAUCACCGCCACGGAGCGGGUACCCAGUGCGUACCGCACCUCCCGCAACCCCCUAGCUACGCAACUACAUGCUGUUGCACCCACACGUGGUCGAAGCCAACACCUCACUGAAGCGGCAAACUGUCUGUUCCAGAGUGACGACGAUGACGACGACGAAGACGACGACGUGGAUGUAACGUCGCCGACGCGGAACGGCGGCCCCACCCCUGCGUCGUCGACUGCAGCGACCAAGGGCAGCUCGAGUGGCGAAGGUCGCCGCCACCCCUGGCACCGGACAGGUAUCCUGACGCACCACGAGUACCACAGCUACAUGGACAGCGCUCUCGAGUCGUACGACCUCGCAACGCAGUGUCCAAGUCGCCGGGCUUCAAUGCGGAGGCACACAAUCGUCGUGUGUAAUCCGCAGCAACAGCAGUUGGCAGCAGAAGCUGGCCUGGGUAGCCAGUCAGUGCCACAUUCGAGGCCACAAUCUAGGGGCCCUACCCCAUCGUCGGCAAGUUCAGAAGCGGGUACAGAUACAGGCAUGCUGGGAUUAGGAAAUACACUUCCUGAGAUGUCGUGGUCGAGGUCUUCCCUGCAAGAUGAGCUGCUGCAUUCGAAAAACUGGCAGCAAGCCAUGGAGUGCCUCUCUCUCACACUGGAGGAAAUUGUCCACAUACGGAGUGUGCUUACUAAAGCAGAAUUGGAAAGUCUACCAGUAGAGGGGCAUGUGAAAGAGGAUGUAGAGAAACGAAAGGUGUGCUUCCUUUGCCUGAAAACAAGAUUUGGAAUCUUUGGUCCCUGGGGCCAGUUGUGCAAACUGUGCAAGAGAACAGUGUGUGCCAAAUGUUAUUCAAAGAUGAGGAUACCAACUGAACAUUUCUCCAGAGUACCUGUCUUUGCUUUGAGUCCGGGUCUGUCAUCUCCAGAAGAGGAGACAAAGGAGUCAUUUCCAAGGUCGUUGAUGUCACGACUUAUGGUUCCUGACACAGCAGCACGAAAUAGUGUUGGGAGUGCACCAUCCAGUCCACAUCUUACAAGAGGCGAAUCAAUGUCUGCACCACCUUCUGCUAUGAGCUCUAGCAUGACGGGCAGCAUAGAAGGACCACAGUCGUUACCUGCCAUGAGUCCUGCAUCUACAGCCAGUGAAAGGAGGAGUAUGUUGAGCCGAUCAAAAACACUUGGGCGACCUGAAACCAAGAAAGAUAAGCUGAAGGGCCUCCAGAUGACAGUCUGUCAUGACUGCAAGACGAUGGUCAUACAGAUUAUUAAAUCAUCACGCACAAGUCGCAAUAAUGCCAUUAGACACCUUACAUUAAACCUUUCUCCUGUAUACUGAAAUGUUAAAGAUGUGUAAAAGUUGUAAAUAUCCUAGAUGAAUAAAGACGUCUGUACCUGCACUUGACCUGUUAAACCCAGGGUAAUAUUGUGUUGUUAAGGACUUUGUAACUGGAGCCCAGCUAUUCUAUAUCAUCCCAGCCAUCAAAUGUAUAUUGCUGUUUCUUUACAUAAAUAACAAAAUGAAGGCUGACAACUAAAUGAAGGUGCUGUGCAACCCCAUGUAAAUAAUUCUGUACAAUAAUUUAAAACUGUAAUCAUUUUCAUUUUCUCUCAUUUCUUUAUUUAUUUCUGUAAUUUUUUUGUCUGUCGCACAUAAAUGUGUAAAACUGCAUCCCUCAACAUUUUGUUGAGUGAAUUAUGGAAGUGUUACAAAGCAUCUGAGACAUAAAAAAGAUUGCAUAAUUUGCUGAGUUGUCUUAUAUGGUUUAAUAUUUUGUUCUGUCAUGUUACUGAAACCUAAGACAGGCAUAACAUGUCUGUUGUUCUGACAGUGUGUGUCAUUCUUGGUCCUCACUUAAGGAGUUUCAUGAAAAUUUUGAAUCUCUGGAGUGUGAGAAUGAGGUUAAAAAUUUCAGGGUCAUUCACAAAAUUAAAUUUUCCACACAGUGACUGCAGUUAUAGUAUCAGUGAUACAUUGCUCUGAAUCUCAGAGAAAGGAAGAUCUGAGAUCUGAGUUUCAUUAAUGUUCAUGAAAUGAUUUGUAAAUAAGGCAUGGAAAAGUGAUGACUGUAAGAAAUGAAUGUAUCUUUUCAUCUCGUUGAAAAAUCUGUAGAAGUUAGGUCUGUGUCAGACUGGUUCUUUCUAUAGUUGUUAGUGGUGAAAUAGUUCUGGUGAUCAUUCCUAAAAAUAUAUGUCUAGAGUAAUGUGAUACUAAUAUUUAUUUAAGACCUAAUGAAUGAUCUAAUUUGAUAAUAUGCUGUAGAUACAAUGUGUGAAAGCAUAAUAUAGUAGUUGUAUCAAACAAACUGUUGGGAAUAGGAGAUAAUUGUUGAAGAGUACACAAUCAAGUGCACAGCUUUUUUAUUUUAAGAAAAAUCCUGUAAAUCUCCUACAAUGGCCUUCACAUAUAAGCUAGUUACACAUUGUUUAGAUAAAAGGAAAAGCUGUGAAAAUGUAGUACUUACAAACACCCUCCUACACAAGAUAUUGUGCAACAGAGAGAUUCAGGCACUUUGCUUUACCAUAUAAUUUAAUACUGCAUAUAGUUUGUCACAGCUUGAUCUGAAUCCUGUUUGUAUAAUUUUUCAUAGAACAUUUGUUUGUGCCAUUCAAAAGUACAGUAAACUUGGAUACAACCAGAAAUGUUGAAUAAUUUUUUAGAAACCCACAGUAUUUUUGUAUAAAUAGUGUUAUUACAUUGGGAUUUACGUUACAUAUGAGAUUCUCCACACUUCAAAAUUGUAUAUACUGUCUUCGUACAGGAGUCCAGAAAAACAUAGGCAGCACAGCAAGGAGAAAGUAAGUGAUGACUAAAAAAUCAAAAUUGUCAGCAUAGACAAUAAUGAAGAGAUGAGUAUUUUAAAUGUGAAGGAUGAUAAAAAUAGGAUCGCUAUAUUUUAAUUAACAAAUGUUAUUUUUAUACCUGAAUUGUUGUAUAAUUAUUUGCACUCUGUUGUCAUUUAAAUUGUUGAAAUGGUUGUCACAUUAUUUUAAAACAAUUUCCACAUGAAUAUGAUCUGCCUUUUAGAUGUGAUUCUCAUCCUUCACCUUCACUUUCAUAAGUCAUACCCUUGAUAGGAGUGUGUGUGGAAGGAACACAGACAUUCGUAGUUCACAACAGUAUAUGCCUCAUAUUUGUACAUACAGGUGUGUACGGUUUUCUUCUACUGUAAUGAAUAUGCUCAUUUCCUGUCCUGCACAUUGUUAUUAAAACUGUGUUCCCUUCAAUAAAAAGAUUGAGUUUUUUAA